AUUGAAUUAGGUGGGACCCUUUGGCAUCUUCCCUCCCAACUCCAAGAUAAAGUUUCGCAUUUUGCACCCAUCAACACGCAUAUACUCACACAUCCACCCCCCACAGAAUACUGAAUAUACCAUUUUAUUUCCUUUUAUUAUUCCAAAUUCCCCCAAGAAAAAAUGAAAACUCCCACAUAUUGUUAUAAAUAACUCCGUUUUGAGUUUUGAGUUUUUGCAUUCUACACUGUUAUUUCUUAACAUAACGUGACUCGAUAUCCAAAUCCCAACAAAAUGAGCGCCAAGGACAAGGACUGCGGCCACCACGACGACGACGACUACAGCCAAUUCCUCCGGCGGCUGGCCAUCUUGGUCCUGGGCCUGAUCGUGAUCGUGGGCCUGGUGGUGCUGAUCGUAUGGGCCGUGCUUCACCCCUCGAAGCCCAACUUCAUGCUCCAAGACGUCACCGUUUUCGGGCUGAACGCCACGUCCUCUCCGGCCAACCUGCUGUCCCUGAGCAUGCAAGUCACCAUCUCGUCGCGCAAUCCCAACGACCGCAUUGGCGUGUACUACACGAGCAUGGACGUGUACGGCGCGUACAGGGGCCAGCAGGUCACGCUCCCCACGCUCCUCCCCUCCACCUACCAGGGCCACAGGGACGUCGUCGUUUGGUCCCCCUUUCUGAGUGGCGACGCCGUCCCCGUCGCCCCCGACGUCGCUCUCUCCCUGCAGCAGGACCGCAACGUCGGGGCCCUGCUCUUCAACGUCAAGAUCGACGGCCGGGUCAAGUGGAAGGUCGGCUCCUGGAUUUCGGGCAGGUACCAUUUGAUCGUUAACUGCCCGGCGUUAAUAAGGUACGGGAAGCCCGGUAACGCCGUCGCCGUUGGUACGGCCACGAAGUUCCAGAUUGUGCAGACCUGCAAUGUCGAAGUCUAACGUUUUAUUACCGGUACUUUUAUUUUACCUACUAUAUUAUAAUUUUAAUGUCUUUUCUCAGAGUUUCGGAGAGAGGAAUUAGCUCUCCACCUCCAACUCCAAUUACUAUAUUAAUUGAUCAAAAUCACCCAAUUUCUUA